GCAUGCAUGCAUGCUCUCAGUGCAACCCAUUAUAUAUGCUCAAUCUUCUUCCACUUCCGGCACCACGCUCCACAUCGUGGCCAUGGCCAAGCUUGAAAGCUUGUCAAGAACAAUGGCGUCGGGUUCCGGACCGCUCUUCCUGAUGGCGUGCGUCCUUUGCUGCUUGCUCUCUUGCUGCAAACCAGAUGGAGCAGCCGCCUUCCAUGGCCAGACGAGAGACACUGCAGACAUCGUCGGAAGAGCCCUGUUCUGCUUCAACGACCGCUACAUCUACAGCGGGUGCCAAGGAUCGCUGCGCCUGGGCCCGCAAGGCGCUCUGGACGUGCCACCGGCGUCGACGGAGGCGUUCUGCGGCGGACCGUGCCUGGCGGAGACGGAGCUCGUGCUCCGCUGCAUCGGCGACAUCAUGGACAGCUUCCACUUCUACAACGGCGCCUCCGUCGGCGACGUCCGCUUCGCGCUGGACCGCGGGUGCGGCCACACGGGCCUCCGGGGCGACUUCGACGUGCUGCAGCGCCUCGGGGGCGACGGCUACCACGGCGACGGCUACUACUACGGCCGCGGGAGCAGCGCGCGGUUCGUCUCUCCUGGCAACAACCUGAUGCCGCCGCUGCUGUUGAGCGUCGCGGUAGUGCUGUUGUGUGGGUGAUUCGCGAUUGAAGCGCAGCUACACAGGUCGGUGUGAGUUCUGAAGUGGUGAUUGCGAACAGCUGCAGCGUUUGGGACUUGAUGCUUUUGACAUACUGAUAGCUAGACAGGUCGGUGUUAAUCUGUCGCAGAAUUCUGUGAAUAGCUUUUUUUUUUUUUACUGCAAUAGUAUUCACUACUACAAUGCUCUAUCAUUGUCGGUCGGAAAAAAUCGUUA